GUUUUGUGGUCUGGUCUUUCGGGGACCCCUGUCUGUUCAAGAAGACUGGAUAAAGCACUUGCAGCGGCACAUUGUCAACGCAAAUCUUCCACGGACUGGAGCUGGCAUGGUCGAGGUCACAUCACUACUUAAAAAGCCUGCUUCAAUUACUGAAACUUCGUUUUCUUUACUGAUGGCAGAAGCAGCAUCAUAGAACGAGGAAACAUUUUAAAUUUUGAUUGGGUGUAAAUUUGAAAUACUUUGUCAUUUUUUUAAAAUAAAUUGCUACACUAAAUUAUGUUUAUAAAUGCUCACGACAGAAAACCAGAGGAAGCGGAUUACAGUAACAUCAAAAUAAGUUGAAUACUUAACAGUUACAGUAAGUAGUCUUUAUAUUUUCUAUAGGGUGGCAGAUGUGUUUUUAAGGUUUAUUCUGUUUUUGUCGGUUACUGUGUUCACUCUCAGUACGAGACCAUCACAAGUAUGGCAGCCAUUUCUAAAUUGUUGCACAUGGGUACUUAAAAGGCAGAUUUUAAUAAAACCAAGAAACCGUGUUCUCUUCAGUGUUACCCAAAUCAAGGCUCUGUUGAUUCCAAAAAGAAUUACAUAGUAAAAUAAGAUAUUAUUCUAUUUUGUUUGUAUGUAUGUAGUGUUUUGUAUAAUACCGAGAACUGCUAAUACAAUUUACUCAACUUAGGGCAUUAAAUAUCCUGUACUUCAUAGUUCAAGAGACUGUUUCAUUCAGAUAGGGCAAUUAGUACUAUUCUAUCUAGGUGUGUAAGUGUUUUUUUUAAAUCACAUGAGGCUUUUUGUACUAAAAAAAAGUGGAGGGAAACUUGUUUAAACAAAUUUCUAAGAGAAAAUAUGUACAUAAUACUGGAAAUUUGUGGUAAGGAAAUAUUCUUUACUUCAGUUGCAUUUCUCACUGACAAUAAAGUGGUGCAUCCAUGCUACCUCCUACUUGUCAACAAAGAUGGUAUUUACCCGUAUGUUUUUGUAUCAUAGUAGAUUCAAUCCGAGUUUCUUUAUUACGAAGCAUCUUUUUGUUAACAAGUUUGUUUCUUUAUGAUGAUUUACUCCAAGUCUGACUUGCUUCCAGAAGUUUGCCUCUCUCCUCUUUUAUUUAACACUGUAGAAAUGUACUAAUAAGCAUUGCUCACUACACGGUUAGAGUAGACUUUUCAUUUAUAAUUCUGUUUAAAAGAUUUAUCAUUAGGGAAUUCGAACACAGAUUGAAAUGUUUCUACAUAUGAAGAGAAUGUUUACAACUUUAAAAUUUAGAGCUUGUUUUGGAUGUGAUUAUAUGUAUGAAAACUGUAACACUAUGCUCAUGCUAAGGACCUACUUACAGAAUUACCGAAAUAAAUGUGCUGUGAGGAUGGAAAUAUGGUGCAGGUGUCUUGGUCAUGAUAAAUUGUGUUUGUUCAUUUAAACUGUCUUCAGAACAUCAUUUUUUUUUGUUUAAAUCCAAUCAGAUUCCUCUACAAAUCAAUUUUGUAUGCAAGUAACAUUUCAUUUUACUCAUAUAGGGUAACAGAUACUGUAGUUAAGCCAAGGAUAUGCAUUGAUAUUUUCGUUAUAUGUAAAUAAAGUUAAAGCAGUUAAAGCAAGAGGAGUAUUUUGGUAGAGUAUAUACAUACCUCACUGCCAGUGAAAUUGCUUUCCUAUGGUAUAUCUCCUUACCAGAAAAAUCUCUAAAUAAAAAGGUUUAAAGAAAAUCUAAAUGUCUAUAA